UCAAACUAAAUUAACAUCCAAUAUGCAACAAGACGAAGGCGAAGAUUAUGGAGGAGGAGAAGAUAAUAUUAAUAACGAUAGUGUAAUUGAUAUCAACAACAACAACUACUACAAUGAUAAUAAUGAUGGUGACAUGAUAAAUAAAAUGAUGUGCGAAAUAAAUGGAGAAAAAUAUUAUAAUGGAAUUAAAGUACCUCCUUUAGUUUAA